AUGUGGCUGCUCAAGGUCGUGACUAUCGCGACGGCGGUUGCAGCAGGGCUGCAGAUUGAACCUCCUUCCCACGGGGCAAGCAGGAGCGGAGGCAACGUCGUCGGCUCCACCAACAUCAACGGCGGCACCAACGCCACCACCUCCACCUCCGCCUCCUCCACCGCCAGCGCCGCCAACGACUUCAACGACAACAACAUCAUCGUCAAGUCCGCCACCACCGCCCCCGCCGCCAUCUACAACGCGUCCGACAACGACCUCAGUAGCUGUGAAGACGACAUCUUCGGCACCACCUCCGCCUCCACCUCCUCCGGCAACAUCAACUCAGCAAGCACAACCGACCACUGUUCCGCCGCCUGUCUUUUCACCUUCAAACCCUCCACCACAAACGACUCCUCAAGCUCGUUCUUCGGCACCGCCAACAGCUCUUCCUGCUGUGACGACCAGUGCGGGAGCCGCACUACCCCAACAGCCGCCUCCUUCCCAAGGAGGAUUUACCGAGCCAAUGCCAAGCGUGGCCACAAAUUCUUGCUCUCGGAUUUGAUGUUCGACUUCUGUAUGGUUCGCAAUGUCACCUGUAUCAUGAGAAUUAUCUGGGCUUUUGAGAAGGCUCGUGUUGUUAUUCUCAUUGCGUUGAUCGUGCAAUUUGGAGGCGCUGUGGUCAUAAUGGUCGUCAACAUUUUCUUCGCCCAGAGAAUUAUCCGGUCAAUCCACCCCAACUUUGGCUGGCAUCCCUUCUUUGGCGUUGCCACUCUCUUUUUCAUUUUCUCUGUGCCAGCUGUUAUUCUGAACAACAGUACAGCUUUGGGCGUCUCGUUCUACCACAUCGAAGACCAGGACCGCGUCGACACUGCUCUCAAUGUGUUGAAGGCCGGAGUUUCGUGGAUUAUGCUUCUGGCUGUCCUGCCUGUUGUAUCUGUCUUGUUUGCUUCCAUCAUUCCGGGUCCCAAGCCUGAGCGAUUCGGCGUUGGAGACACUCACCAGAAGAUCGCUGUCUUAUUGACAGGCGCCAUUCUCCUAAUCGCGGGCCACGCCGUGCGUCUCUCGUCAACUCUCAACCCCGAGCCUCCCGAUUCACAGAACAAACUCCUCAGCAAGGAGGUCUUUUAUACAACGGGUUUCAUGCUCGAGAUCUUCGUUGUGGUCUUUUAUGCUGUCAUCCGCAUCGACCUUCUCUUUCACGUUCCCAACGGAUCGAGCCAGCCAGGCGACUACUCGCGGAAGCCUAAGCCCGGAGAAGACGACUACGAGGCCGCACUUCUCACAAAGGAGGAGAUCGAAGAUGAGAUUGCGGCAAUGGGUCACCCGUACGAGAUUGUCGAUUCGUCUGGCUUGGGCAGGGAUGGCUCUGGUCGGACCAUUGUCGCUUUCAGCACCCGCCGUAUGAACGGCGAGAAGCCAGUUGUGCUACCGCCUCGACCUCAGGCCUACAGCAGAGUACAGUCCAUCAGAGGCUCCGUCAGGUCGGUUCGCGGAUCACUGAGAUCGGCACGUGGUGGAAUAUCUCGGAUGAUGUCUGGGCGGAUGACGCCGGCCCCGUACCUCAACCAGGUCGACGUCUCCCAGCCGGCAUUCAACGACAAUGCGUUCGGCACGAGUCGCCACAGCCAAUAUGGUGUUGCGCAGCCAUUGUUCAUUCAGUCUCGCUUUAGCAGAUACACGGACCCUGAUGAUGAGAGAUCUGCUUUGAGACCUGACAUCAAUCGACCUGACAGCCAUCGGCCUGAGAGUCAAGCUACAUCUGGCGAAAUUCCUUUGAGUCUCGAUCGCGAAGGCCUUGGUUAUGACGACGGACGUCGGAUGAGGAGGUCUUCGAUACAAAAGUUCAACGUGUUGGAGAGGGAAGGUGGUCCUUUGAAAUAG